AUGGAUUCAUCGUCAGAGACCGGCUCAGACUCAUCACAUCUGCUCCAUCCGGAGACAGAGAAAGAAUAUGACUUUCAGAGACCUCGAAAAUCCUUCACCACCCGCAAUCGGAGACCUUUGAUCUGGAGUGGUCUCAGCAUUCUCGGCGUGGUACUACUCAUCGGCACAUACAUAUCUGUGACGGCGCGAUCACGCAGAACCAGCUUUCUCCCUAGCAUAUCAUGGGGCCCAGUCACCUUCACACCAGAUGAAAGGUUCUCCGUGAGCUCGACUGGAAAACACAAUCCCUGGAACGAACUCAUACCCUUGGGCAAGGGAUUCGUCAGAGUACCAAAGGACCAGACGCAAGGCUUGGGCGAGACCCAUCUACUUCACAACGGAGACGGAGAGUACUGCUUGUCUGUCUUUCACCAGCUCCAUUGUGUCGCCAUGCUGCGGAAUGCGCUGAACAGCAUGCGGUCAGAGGGAAAGAUCAUGACGCAUGACAGUGGCGACGAUGGGCAGGACCCAUUGGUGCAUGUUGACCAUUGCAUCGAUUAUCUUCGACAGUCUAUCAUGUGUUCUGGGGACAUGACGCUCGAGCACUACUCCAUGCUGGACAACGGGACUCUCGGGCCAGGCGUGAAUGGAUACUUCGUCAACCAUCAGUGCAAGAAUUGGGAUCAGAUCGUGGAUUUCGCGACGACACACCGAUCACGAAAUGCUAAAGGCAUUCACUGA